UUUCUUUGACUUUUUUUUGUAAAAUAAAAGUGUUAUUUUUUUGGAGUGUCCUGGAGUAAUUAUAAAGAUGGCGAUAACGUGCGACUGCCCGAUGAUGCAGCCGGGCCCGACCCUGGCGGCGACGUGCGGCGGCGGCGCCUUCAUGCUGUUUAUGGGGCUGCUGGAAGUGUUCCUGAGGAGCCAGUGCGAUUUAGAGGAUCCCUGUGGAAGGGCUCAGUACCGUCGCCACAUGGACUCCGUGUAUGACUUCAUCGUGGUGGGCGGGGGCUCAGCCGGCGCCGUGGUAGCGGCCAGGCUGUCCGAGGUGCCAGAGUGGAGGGUGCUACUCCUGGAAGCAGGUUUCGACGAACCGACCGGUGCGCAAGUACCAUCCAUGUUCCUGAACUUCAUCGGAUCAAGCAUCGACUGGGGCUACCAGACUGAGCCCGAGCCAGCCGCCUGCCUCGGAGAGAAGGGCCGCAAGUGCUACUGGCCUCGUGGCAAGGUGCUCGGAGGCACCUCAGUCAUGAAUGGCAUGAUGUACAUCCGCGGCUCCCGCAAGGACUUCGACAGCUGGGCGGCGGCCGGCAACGAGGGCUGGUCCUACGACGAGGUGCUGCCCUACUUCCUCAAGUCCGAGGACAACAAGCAGGUGAAGGAGAUGGACCAGGGCUACCACUCCACUGGAGGACCCCUCACUGUGGCCCAGUUCCCCUACCACCCGCCGCUCAGUUACAGCAUCGUCAAGGCUGGAGAAGAAUUGGGCUACAAACAGCGCGAUCUAAACGGCGUGCACCACACGGGUUUCUCGAUCGCGCAGACCACGAACCGCAACGGGUCGCGGCUGAGCACGGCGCGCGCCUUCCUGCGGCCCGCCAAGCAGCGCCCGAACCUGCACGUCAUGCUCAACGCCACCGUCACCAGGGUGCUCAUCAACCAGACCACACGCCAGGCCUAUGCCGUGGAAGUCAGGAACAGCUUCGGAGGGACUGAAGUCAUUUUUGCGAAUAAUGAAAUUGUUUUGAGCGCUGGCGCGGUAGCAUCUCCCCAGAUCCUGCAGCUGAGCGGUGUGGGUGACCCGGCCGUGUUAGCUCGCGCGGGCGUGCCGCUGACGCACCGCCUGCCCGCCGUGGGCCGCAACCUGCACAACCACGUCGCGCACUUCCUCAACUUCCAGGUCAACGACAACAACACCACACCACUCAACUGGGCGACCGCUAUGGAGUACCUGCUGUUCAGGGAUGGGCUUAUGUCCGGCACUGGUAUUUCCGAGGUUACGGCCUUCAUCAACACGAAGUACGCGAACCCCGCGGAAGACAACCCCGACAUCCAGCUGUUCUUCGGUGGCUUCCUAGCUGACUGCGCCAAGACCGGUAUGGUAGGCGAGCGACUGGAUAACGGCUCGCGGUCUAUACAGAUCAUACCCACGGUGCUGCAUCCUAAGAGCAGAGGCAGGCUGGAGAUAGCGUCCGCUGAUCCUUUCGAAUACCCCAAAAUCUAUGCUAACUACCUCACCCACCCGGACGAUGUGAAGACAUUGAUCGAAGGCAUCAAGUUCGCCAUAAAACUAUCUGAGACGAAGGCCCUGAAGCGGUACGGCAUCAAGCUGGACAAGACGCCGGUGAAGGGCUGCGAAAAGAUCAAGUUCGGCUGCGACGCGUACUGGGAGUGCGCGGUCAGGAUGCAGACCGCGCCCGAGAACCACCAGGCCGGCUCCUGCAAGAUGGGCCCGCGAGGGGAUCCUAACGCUGUGGUCGAUAACUUGCUACAGGUGCAAGGUAUCGACCGGCUGCGAGUGGCCGACGCGAGUGUGAUGCCAUCGGUCACGUCGGGCAACACCAACGCGCCCGUCAUCAUGAUCGCCGAGAGGGUCGCCGACUUCAUCAAGCAGCGCUGGCUGGGAGUCACUGCGGCCCCCUACCCGCUGAGCCACGGCGGUCUCUCCAACGUGCUGCAAGCGAGCGACACGCAACAACAGGCGACGUGGCAGCGGUGGCUCUGACGUCACACACUCAACCACCUCAUCUAUACAUAGUGUACAUAAUAACUUCACAUAAGGUCACAACUCAUAGAUUGUCGUACUAACUUGAAGUACCUUAGUAAUACCAGCCAGUAUAGAUCCCACUGCUCAAUAAAAACCUCAUAUUAAGAGCAUAAAUUAUUUAAGUUCUUAGAAUUUAUUUUUUAUUUGACUUGUUCAAAAGCAUUAUAAAAAGAUAGUUGAAUCUCAAUGUUCUACAAAGAAUAUUUCAGACUUCAGACCAAAACUACAAAACUGGACCUUUUAAAAGUAAUGUAUGUCAGUGCACAUCAAAAUAAUUGACCUAUGCAAUGCAAGUAAAGAUUGAGACCUUUUUGACCAUUUCCUUUUCCUGUGACCAUAACGUAGGUAUUACUUUUAACGUAAACGAUAGCAUUAAGUUGUUGUACAAAUUAGUAUUUAUUUGUAUUUUAAUACUUUCGAAUUGGUUUAAUUAAGUCUACACUUGAGUGCAAAAUAAUUGCUACACCGCUACUUAGUUGUGUCACUGCAGUGUAUUCGAGCAAUCAAGUGUAUAAUUUAUGAUUAUAUUUAGUGUAAAGGUUUUUUUAUAUAAUAAA